AUGCAGCACUAUGAUGACCUAUUGAAAUACCACUUGGGUGAGUUUGGUGCAUUUCAGAAACGCACGUUUUUCUUACUCAGUCUGACUGUCGUUCCAAUUGGCAUGAAGGUAGCUUCGUUUGUUUUUAUAUUGGCGGAAACUGACCAUUGGUGCAGAAUUCCUGAAUACGAUGAUCUUAUCGAGCAAUGUGAAUACAUUAAUGCUACAACAGAUUGUGACUUGUUUGUGAAAACAAUUACAAUUCCAAAAGAGCCUGUUAGCGAUGUCUGUGACACCACAUGGAGAUUCAGCAGUUGUCUUAGAUAUGAUAUCAACACGAGUGACGUCGUUGAUUUGAUUGAUGUCUAUGAUAACCAAACGCUAGAGACACGGACAUGUGACAGCGGAAUGGAAUUUGAUACAACCCAGUAUUCAUCCACGGUGAUACAAGAG